AUGCAUUUACUUGUUUCUUUCUUUCUAUUUUUCUUUCUAUUUAGCUCUAUGCAUUUCCUUCUUUCUUUCUUUCUAUUUUUCUUUCUAUUUUGUUCUAUGAAUUUCCUUCUUUCUUUCUUUCUAUUUUUCUUUCUAUUUAGCUCUAUGCAUUUCCUUCUUUCUUUCUUUCUAUUUUUCUUUCCAUUUAGCUCUAUACAUUUCCUUCUUUCUUUCUUUCUAUUUUUCUUUCUAUUUUGUUCUAUGAAUUUCCUUCUUCCUUUCUUUCUAUUUUUCUUUCUAUUUUGCUCUAUGAAUUUCCUUCUUCCUUUCUUUCUAUUUCUCUUUCUAUUUUGCUCUAUGCAUUUCUUUCUUCCUUUCUUUCUAUUUUUCUUUCUAUUUUGCUCUAUGCAUUUCCUUCUUCCUUUCUUUCUAUUUUUCUUUCUAUUUUGCUCUAUGCAUUUCCUUCUUUCUUUCUUUCUAUUUUUCUUUCUAUUUUGCUCUAUGCAUUUCCUUCUUCCUUUCUUUCUAUUUCUCUUUCUAUUUUGCUCUAUGCAUUUCCUUCUUCCUUUCUUUCUAUUUUUCUUUCUAUUUUGCUCUAUGCAUUUCCUUCUUCCUUUCUUUCUAUUUUUCUUUCUAUUUUGCUCUAUGCAUUUCCUUCUUUCUUUCUAUUUUUCUUUCUAUUUUGUUCUAUCUUUUUUCCUUCUUCCUUUCUUUCUUUUUUUUCUUUCUAUUUUGCUCUAUGAAUUUCCUUCUUCCUUUCUUUCUAUUUCUCUUUCUAUUUUGCUCUAUGCAUUUCCUUCUUUCUUUCUUUUCUAUUUUUCUUUCUAUUUUGCUCUAUGCAUUUCCUUCUUCCUUUCUUUCUAUUUUUCUUUCUAUUUUGCUCUAUGCAUUUCCUUCUUCCUUUCUUUCUAUUUUUCUUUCUAUUUUGCUCUAUGCAUUUCCUUCUUUCUUUCUAUUUUUCUUUCUAUUUUGCUCUAUGAAUUUCCUUCUUCCUUUCUUUCUAUUUCUCUUUCUAUUUUGCUCUAUGCAUUUCCUUCUUUCUUUCUUUCUAUUUUUCUUUCUAUUUUGCUCUAUGCAUUUCCUUCUUCCUUUCUUUCUAUUUUUCUUUCUAUUUUGCUCUAUGCAUUUCCUUCUUCCUUUCUUUCUAUUUUUCUUUCUAUUUUGCUCUAUGCAUUUCCUUCUUUCUUUCUAUUUUUUCUUUCUAUUUUGUUCUGA